UUACGUCUGUCGUGAAAGUAGGUCAUUGCUGGGACUGUGACAGGUAGAAUAACCUUAGCUAGGAUAGCUAGCUAGUAUGGUUUGACGCCUGCAUAUUUACAAACGCAUCGGUAUAAUACCGUUCCCCAAUAUUUGGAAAGUUGCGAGAAGACAAUAACAUCUAAACUUGACAACGGGUGCACUGCAGGCCAUUCUGUCCUAGCUGGUAUGUCAAGAAGAAGCAGGAAUAGUCGGGCGUGGCGUUACGUUUGGAGUGGUAUUCGGCGGGAUGCGGACGCACGAGCUCUCAUUCAGGCCUCGGAGACUGAGUACAGUGACUCGGACUCUGAAGUGGAGUUUCCUGCAGCAGUGCCCCCUGUGCCAAGUGCUGUUCCCGUGACUGGGGAGUCCUACUGUAGCUGUGACUCGCAGAUCGAGGCCAGCUGCAACCCCCGCCUGCGUGGCUUCACACACAUACAUGACUGUCAUUGUGGAGAGGAUGACCAGGAUUUUGACUGGGUGUGGGACGACGACAGCCGAUCAGCGGCGACGCUGCUUAGUUGUGAGAACAGGAAGGUGAGCUUCCACUCUGAGUACAGCUGCGGCACAGCGGCCAUCAGAGGCUCCAAAGAGCUCACAGAUGGACAGCACUUCUGGGAGAUCAAGAUGACAUCUCCCGUCUAUGGGACCGACAUGAUGGUGGGGAUUGGAACUUCAGACGUGAACCUAGAUAAAUACAGACACACAUUCUGCAGCUUACUAGGCAAGGAUGAAGAGAGCUGGGGCUUAUCUUAUACAGGUCUUCUUCAUCAUAAAGGUGACAAGGUCAGCUUCUCAUCACGCUUCGGUCAAGGCUCCAUCAUCGGAGUACACUUGGACACCUGGCACGGCACACUUACAUUCUUCAAGAAUCGAAAGUGCAUAGGUGUGGCUGCGACAGAGUUGCAGAACAAGCACGUGUUCCCCAUGGCGUGCAGCACCGCGGCCAAGAGCAGCAUGAAGCUCAUCCGCUCCGUGUCGGCGCCCACCUCCCUGCAGUACCUGUGCUGCUCGCGCCUGCGGAAGCUCCUGCCGUCCGGGACUGACGCCCUGGGGGUGCUGCCUCUGCCACCGGGCCUCCGGCAGCUGCUCCACUCCAAGCUGGGCUGGGUCCUCACCCUGGACCACAUGCAGAACCACACGCAGCCCCACGGCCACAUGCACACGCCUCCUGGGCCGUCCUCCAGCAGCGACUCGGAGGGCUGCACCUCCGACCCGGAGGCCUGCCAAAGGAAGCGCUGUCGUUGGACCUGAUACAUGUACUGUACGUGCACACAUACAUAUAUACAUGCAAACAUGCAUAAUAUCACGUAAUGUACACACACACACACACACACACACACACACACACACACACACACACGCAUUCACAUGGCAGACAUGCAAAGGUAAGAAAUUAAUGCAGUGUGUACACACAGGAAAUGCAUAAACAUAAAAAGUAUUUGUGAUCUAAUGCAAAAUGCCAGGGGUUUUCAAAUCCCUUGUAAGAUAUGGGGGUUAAAAAUGCAACGACUUCAUACACCCUGAAUGUGAUACUUUCUUAAUCAGCAAAUUACUCUCUAAACAACUAAAUCAAGCGUUGUCCUUAAACACCUCAAGUCUCAUUGUUAGUUGAUGUUUUUCUCGGGCCAGAUGGAAGUGUUUUCCUGAAGUUGCAUUUUGAAAACCCCUGGUAUAGUCGGCCGCAAAUAUUUACAACCCCACGCAGGCAGAACACCCUCCUACGGGGCCAACUGUAUUUCACCAAAUGUGAGUGAAGACAACAGUGCAGUAUAUAGCUACAGAAGCUAGGUACAGUUCCUCCCAUGCAUUCCAACACCACGAAAUGUUGGCCGAUACAUUGUGAGCAAGCCUUAACUGGAUGUUAAAGGUUUUCAACAGUAUUUAACCCCUUAAGAGUAUUAUCACAACAAAACGGUUGGUUCUGUACACCUAUACACUAGACUGCACAAGAGUAGAACUGUAUUGUCGUUUGUUCUUAUUUGUAGUGAAACUGUUACUACUUCUUCCUGGUUCUUGCACCGGAAGUGCUGCUACCUGAAAGCAGGAGAUGUUACAGUCUCAUGCUUCCCUCUCAUACACCCCUGGCCACGAUUUCUUUGGCACAGAUGAAAGGGUCAUGUUCGGCUCAGCAGUUUGAUCAUGCUGCAGCUCCAUCAGCCAAAAUUGUUAAGAGGUAUCAUAGGUAGGAUUACAUUUUAUUAUAAAAUAUUUUCUAAAAUAUUGGUCCUCAGAGCGGUAUAGAAACGGCACUUCCUGCCCACAUCAAACGUACCAUGAUGUGUAUGUGUUUCUUGUGCUCUCACAGUUGCCGCUUUAUCCAUUACGUGAUAUCUUUUUUGAACUGGACCUUUUACAAAAAUAUUAGCCGUUUCGAGUUAAGGUAUUUUCUUGUGAUUCAGCCAACAUACAGUUGAACUGUAAUCUUACAGUUCAGUUGUACAUCAGCUGGAUCCUAUCGCAACUUUGAAAAUUAAUCUGUUGUAUAAAACGGGAUUGCGGUUAAUCUAAGGAAUGUGGAGCACUCCUUGUUUGUUUGUGAAUCUGCAGAUGCACUUACAUGAGUGGAUGAGUGAGUGGACAUUGUAACUUAAGAAAAAAAUGUUGUGUAUAUGAGUGAGUAAGAUUGUCAGUUAGCAUACUUAUGUCAUGUUCGGAGUGUUCUAGUGCCUUGGGCCAGCUUUGUCAUUUUAACAAUGGCAUCAUGGGUGACAUAUUGUAAAUGUUAUUCAGACUCACACAAGUUCUUUUUUCCAUGUCCUCUUUUUUUAGUCUGUUUAAUUAUGGGGAAACUCCUUUAUUGUGUCUUCGUGGGUCUUAAUCUAAUACAUACACACUAUAUAUGUUUUAUAAUUGUCUGUAUAAAGAAAACUUUUGUUAUGCAUUAAAGCACUUUUGCUUAUUUGUAUGUAUAUAAAUUUACAUAUUUCAACUAUGCUGUCAUCUGUACAUAGUGUAUGUAUAAGCCUAGUAGUCUCUAUUUGCAUUCUGUAUAUCUUAAGCAUGGCCUUUAACCGCAUUAUGGUGUUAAAAUGAAACAAUAAAUAUGCACAAAAA